AGUGGCAGCUCCAUGCGAUGUUUUUAAGUGGCAGCACCAAAACAAAACGCGAGAGGCUGAUGGACAUUUAAAUGUUGAUAAUAAUAAUUUAAUGAAUACUUAAGCCAAUUGGAUAAAUAAACAUAUGCAUUUAAUUAUAUAAUAUUGGUGCAAACGUAGAAAUGACCGAGCAAACAGUAAACCACUUGUGGAACUGUGCCAAAGAGCUCAGCGUAGAAACCCACACCGAACGCUUGCUCAAAUCAUACUAUAUCAAUACAAGUCGCAAGUUAGCCCGCCACAAUGUCCAGUUACCAGAGGAGAACAUCGGACCCGCUCGCAUGUGCGCCCGUUGCGGCAGCCAGUGGAGCGAUGGCCAGUACAAGUUGCAUCUGCAGCCGCAGCGCUUGGCCAGCAAUGCCAAGCGACGCAGGUUGAUUGCCCAGCUGGACACGGUCAAGGCCAAGCAGCAGCGUGGAGGCCUCAGCACUGGGGCCAGAAAAAGAGCCAAAUGGCUGAAGAAGUGCAUGGCCAGCAAAAUGGCGGUGCAGUGCGAGCUUUGCCAACAUAAGACAAUGUUGCCGCUGGAAAAACCAAAGAAACGCGACAAAGCUAAAACAAUGCAAGCAGCAGCAGCAACAACUACAACAACAACAACAGUGAGGAACAAACAACAUAAAAAUAAAGACAUCAAUGCGGGGCUAAAGCUAAAAAUGUCAAUACAGCAGAAACAAACAACAGCAACUGUAGCGAAGCAAUCAACAACAACAACAGCGAAUUCUCAAAGCAACAAACAAAAGAACAAAAAGAAGAAGAAGCAACAACAGCAGCAAACGAAAACAACGCCAACGCCCGUGCAAAAAGUGCAAUCGAAGACACAAAAACAAAACGCACUGCUGCAGUUGGCAGCGCAGCUUAAAACGCACGCGUCACAAAACGCCAGUAGAACGCAGCAAAAUCGCCUACAAGCGUUUCUUAAGUAAAGAUUUUGUUUUCAGUAGAAGAAAUUGGUUAUUUUGAAUGACUAGAGUUGUUCAUUAAGUGUUAGUUAAAAUGCGUGUAGUUCGCGAAAGCAGGAAGAAAACACCGUAGCGCGUUUAAAAACGCUUUAAAGCCGCAAGCAAACGUUUGUCAAAUAGAAAAAACUCCUCGUAAAGUACAAGCAACAAGUUAUUUGUAUAAGCUGAUAAUUAGCAACAAUAAACAAAAACGUAAAAAAAAAGCGCUCCUCUGUUGGCAGCGCAGCUUAACUUGCUCGCGGCUGAAACCGCCAGAAAAACGCAUCAGAAACGCGUGCUCGUGUUUCCCCAAGUAAAAACGUCGCAUAAAGUAAAAAA